AUGACAUCGUCCAUGUCGCUCACCGAUAUCGCAGCCUUCGCAGCGUCGUCGCUCGUCGAGUUCGCAGAAGUCAUCGUCAUCGCCGUCGCCACGUCAGUCCCCGUCGCCGGCCUCUGUAUAGGCGUCCCCGUUGUCCGAAUAAUCACCGCGUGCCUGCGCGGGCAGCGUACGCGUUUUAAGUACAUCCGCUGGUGGCUAACCUGCGCCGUGUCGCUCCUGCUGCUCGUGAAUCUCCUCUUCCUGUCGGUCGGAAUCGGCGCGCUUUGGCUGCAGAUGCCGCCUGAUCCGGCCGCCAUGUCGAAGGGCACGUGCCGCGUCGUUUCCGCAGGCGUGGACCUGCGAUCCGUCAAGCUGUGCACUGUCAACGACACCUCCUCCUCCUCGUCGCCCACCUGGUUACCAUCUUCACCACACACGUGGCAAGCCCCUUCGCAAGCCUCGCCCAACCCCGCCUCUCGUCCGUUCGCCUCCUCCUCCCCUUACGCCACCCCUUCCCCUCCUUCCGCCUCCCCCAACCACCACUCGUCCGCCCACUCCUCCCCACCCUCCUGUCACUCCUCCUCCUCCCCCUUUUCAUGCCCCUCCGCCUCCGCUUCGGCUUCCCCCCACGCCUCCCCUUCCCCCUCCGCCUCCGCCUCUUCUCCCGCCAACCCCCCCUCCGCCCUCGCGUCCCUCUCCGCGUCGCUCCUCGCGCUCCUCCCGCAACCGCUGCUCUCCGCGCUGCCGCUCUCCCCCUCCGCCACGCGCUGCCACUUCACCUACUACUGGGCGGCGCUGAUUCAGCUCGACCUCAACGUCUCCUUCCACUCGCCGUCCAACACGUGGCGCUCGCUGCGUCAGCAGAGGAGGCUGAAAAGUCAACGCGGUCAACGCAGUCAAGCGAGUCAACGCGUUAAAGCGGAGCAAGGGGAGGGAUGGGAGGAAGGGGAUCAGCAGGGGAGCAUCACGACGAUUCGAACCACCACGGCUCUCCCCGACCCGCUGUCCCUGUCGCUGCCGUCGUCCCAGUGCCGCCCGGAUUUCAAUGCCGCUUGGCGGGCAAAAGACAAGUACAAGGUGCGCCCCUCCUGCUCUCCACUGCCUUUCCUCCCUGCUGCCGUGGCAUCGCUGCACAAGUGCCUCUACAACCCGCGCCACCCCCACAGGGUGCACCUGCUUCCUCUUCUCAAUCCCAUUCCCCUUUUUCCUCCCCACACCCCCCCAACCCCCGUCACCCUCCCUCCCACCCCUCCAGGUGGCCUCGCUGCACAAGUGCCUUUACGACCCGCGCCACCCCCACAGGGUGCACCUACCCCCGCCGCGCUCCAUGCGCCAGUGCCCGCCUCCCCCUCGCCAGGGCAUAUUCAUGCAUCUCGCAGCUACCGCCAUCACCAAGUGGGUCUGCCCCCAUCACCACAUACGACCCCCACAGGGUCUGCCCCCAUCACCACAUACGACCCCCACAGGGUGCUCCUACCCUCUCCGCGCUUCAUGCGCCAGUGCCCGCCCCCCCAGCGCCAGGGCAUUUUUAUGCAUCUCGCUGCUGCCGCCAUCACCAAGUGGUUCUUUUCAGACGAGUCAAUAUUCCAGCCCUCGUCUUCGGUGGGCAAGCUCUAUCUGGGCCUCAGCCUGGGCGUGCUGCUGGGAGUGGUUCUUUUCAGACGAGUCCAUAUUCCAGCCGUCAUCCUCAGUGGGCAAGCUCUAUCUGGGGCUCAGCCUGGGCGUGCUGCUGGGAGUGGUUUGUUGUACCCCACAUGUAACCCGGUUCCCGCUCCUCAUGUCCCUAUCCCACUCGCCCCUCCACCCAUCUCCCCAGGUUCUUUUCAGACGAGUCCAUAUUCCAGCCCUCGUCUUCGGUUCUUUUCAGACGAGUCCAUAUUCCAGCCCUCGUCUUCGGUGGGCAAGCUCUAUCUGGGCCUCAGCCUGGGCGUGCUGCUGGGAGUGGUUCUUUUCAGACGAGUCCAUAUUCCAGCCCUCGUCUUCGGUGGGCAAGCUCUAUCUGGGCCUCAGCCUGGGCGUGCUGCUGGGAGUGGUUUGUUCUUUUCAGACGAGUCCAUAUUCCAGCCCUCGUCUUCGGUGGGCAAGCUCUAUCUGGGCCUCAGCCUGGGCGUGCUGCUGGGAGUGGUUCUUUUCAGACGAGUCCAUAUUCCAGCCGUCAUCCUCAGUGGGCAAGCUCUAUCUGGGGCUCAGCCUGGGCGUGCUGCUGGGAGUGGUUUGUUGUACCCCACAUGUAACCCGGUUCCCGCUCCUCAUGUCCCUAUCCCACUCGCCCCUCCACCCAUCUCCCCAGGGCUCUGCUGUGUGGGCAUGCACCUCUUUGGUCGCAUCGUCGUGGCUCUCGACUGCUUCCAACCGCCGGCUUCCUCCCUCUUCGUCUCCGCCAUCGAGGAGAGCUGCCUGCUGAAGCAUCAUGGCCUGUUCCUGCCAGGUGUGCACCUGCUGUUCUCCCGCUGCGCGUGCUGCUGGGAGGGCUCUGCUGUGUGGGCACGCAUCUCUUUGGUCGCAUCGUCGUGGCUCUCGACUGCUUCCAAGUGCCACGAAGACGAAGAGGGAGGAGGCUUCCAAGUGCCCGCCUCCUCCCUCUUCGUCUCCGCCAUCGAGGAGAGCUGCCUGUUAAAGGCCGUUUGCUGCGUGUGCACCUGCCCGUUCUCCCCUCUGCUCGUGCUGCUGGGAAUGCUGUGCUCGGGAUCAGAGUCGGGGUCUCUCUCUGAUGAGCUGGAGGGUCUCGAUCUCUCUGAGAGCAUUCUCAGCUGCUUCUGCCCGUCUCUAGUGGACAGCCCUUUCCUGGCGAAGAAGCACCCUGAGAAUUCACCUGAGAGGUCACCUGAUAACUAUCGCAAGGCGGAUGUGUGCCGUUUGAGUUGCCUGGGCCGGCCUAUAGCAGCAGGGGCGGAGGAUGUUGAGCCGCUUUCCCUGCUCCAGCUGGCGGAGCAGGCAGAGGGGCAGGCACAGGCACAGGCACAGGCUCAUGCACAGGCAGAGGCAGAAGCAGAGACAGAAGCGGAGGCAGAGGCAGAAGCAGGGGGACAGGCAAGAUCGGAGCAUACACAGGGUCUGCCUGUUGAUGCUUCACAGUCGCAACUGUUUUUGCACUCAGAAGAGGCUGGCGGGGGGCUGGUUGUGCCUCAAGAGCAGCCGGCGGGGUAUCAACAAGGAGGUUUUUUCAGCCCAGCUGUGUGCUGUGAGGUGUCCGGGGUGGAGGGUGAUGGGGAUGGUGCUGUCAUAGCAGCAGCAGGUUCUGCAGCAGGGGGCUUGCCGUAUGCCUCUGCAGCAACCUUUGAUGUCUCAUCUGCUGCUCACCGUUCUUCGACCCUCACCGGCAAGACCAUCACCCUUGAGGUCGAGAGCAGCGAUACCAUCGACAAUGUUAAGGCCAAGAUCCAGGACAAGGAGGGGAUUCCUCCUGACCAGCAGCGUCUGAUUUUCGCUGGCAAGCAACUGGAGGAUGGCCGUACUCUUGCGGACUACAACAUCCAGAAGGAGUCUACGCUCCAUCUGGUGCUUCGGCUUCGUGGUGGCAUGCAAAUCUUCGUCAAGACUCUCACCGGCAAGACCAUCACUCUGGAGGUUGAGAGCAGCGAUACGAUUGACAACGUAAAGGCGAAGAUCCAGGAUAAGGAGGGGAUUCCCCCUGACCAGCAGCGUUUGAUUUUCGCGGGUAAGCAGCUGGAGGAUGGUCGCACCCUCGCCGACUACAACAUCCAGAAGGAGUCUACUCUACAUCUAGUGCUUCGUCUUCGCGGAGGCAUGCAGAUUUUUGUCAAGACAUUGACGGGGAAGACGAUCACGUUGGAGGUCGAGAGCAGCGACACCAUCGACAACGUGAAGGCGAAGAUCCAGGAUAAGGAGGGGAUUCCUCCUGACCAGCAGCGGCUGAUUUUUGCCGGCAAGCAGCUCGAGGAUGGACGCACCUUGGCCGACUACAACAUUCAGAAGGAGUCGACUCUGCAUCUGGUGCUCCGUCUUCGCGGAGGCAUGCAGAUUUUUGUGAAGACGCUGACCGGAAAGACCAUCACUCUGGAGGUCGAAAGCAGCGACACCAUUGACAACGUGAAGGCAAAGAUUCAGGAUAAGGAGGGGAUUCCGCCUGACCAGCAGCGUCUGAUUUUCGCCGGCAAGCAGCUGGAGGACGGUCGUACCUUGGCUGAUUACAACAUCCAGAAGGAGUCGACCCUCCAUCUGGUGCUUCGCCUCCGUGGUGGUAUGCAGAUUUUCGUCAAGACCCUUACGGGGAAAACCAUCACGCUCGAGGUCGAGAGCAGCGACACCAUUGACAACGUGAAGGCUAAGAUCCAGGACAAGGAGGGGAUUCCGCCUGACCAGCAGCGUCUGAUUUUCGCCGGCAAGCAGCUGGAGGACGGUCGCACCUUGGCUGAUUACAACAUCCAGAAGGAGUCGACCCUCCAUCUGGUGCUUCGCCUCCGUGGUGGUAUGCAGAUUUUCGUCAAGACCCUUACGGGGAAAACCAUCACGCUCGAGGUCGAGAGCAGCGACACCAUUGACAACGUGAAGGCUAAGAUCCAGGACAAGGAGGGCAUUCCUCCUGACCAGCAGCGUCUGAUCUUUGCUGGCAAGCAGCUGGAGGACGGUCGCACCUUGGCUGAUUACAACAUCCAGAAGGAGUCUACUCUCCAUCUGGUGCUUCGCCUCCGUGGUGGUCAGUAG